GCGAGAUUCGGAGUGAGUGAUGGCUGCGAAGGAAGAGAAUCGAAUAUUUGUUGGAGGUUUAUCUUGGGAAGUUACGGAGCGUCAACUCGAGCAUGCCUUUGCUCGUUACGGCAAAAUUCUCGAAUGCCAGUUGUAGAAGCAUGGGCAACAGACGUGCCAUCUUAUGAACUGACAAUGCAUUUGGUAAGGUGGCAUUUCUUGUGGUCCUGAAAUUUGGAAAGAUUCAGAUACUUCAUACGUAGUGCAGUUCCCAAGGAAGAAAGUAAUGUACUCUCUGUUUUUAAUGGAAAUGAGAAUUCCCCACUAACUAAUAUUGUUCCCUUCAAAGUAUAGAUAGAACCAUUUCAAUGGGCUGUGAUUGUGUGAUGCUCAGUAAACCAGUUAAAGUGAUUUGUUAUGUGAGUUCAAGAAGUCUUGCAUAUUUGCAUCAGUUGAGCAACCCAAUCUUGCUUCACCUUUGGCAGUUUUCAAUAGUUUCUCAUAGCCAUGUAAAGCUCAGGUGUUUGGAUAUUGUUUUGUGUCUGGUUGAUGUCAUCGCUCUUCUAACAUAUUCUUGUAAAUACCCAAACUGCGUAUGACUCUACACCAUCAAGUUCCGCAUCAUUAUGGGUCCUGUGAGUACUUACGUGCUGCAGAGCUCUAAAUUUUCAAUCUGAAGCAUUGGGAUCAUAAACAAUUGCUGUUCAGUUAGUGGGUUCCUCUCUUCUUGAUAAGAUACUGUGUCACACCAGUUGAUCUGCCUAUUAUAGCUAACAGUGUUGAGGGUUGAAUGAAUGCCUCUGAUUUAGUUGUUACUUUCUUCUACCUUGGAAUAAAGUUCAUUGGUUGGAGAUGUUUUCUUUGGUUUUGAAUGGUCGUGCUUUUGUCAGUGUGCUCUUAGAUAGAGAAUCCACAGCUGCAUAAGAAUGAUUUUCUGCUAAAAUGCUGGUGUGUUGUUGGAUAAGUCAGUAAAGAGGCGGCAGAAUUACCUAGUGUGAUAGGCUUAUAAUUGCAGUGUAGUCAAUUUUAUGCAUUCAUCUCCCAUGUUGCUCAGUAUUGUUGCCACAUAAGAUUGAUUUUUUUUUUUGCAUCUGAUGAGGUGAAUGAAUCACAGAAGGUAGCUGAAUUGCUCAAGAAAUGAAAGCAUGAUCUCCAUAAUGGAAUGCUGUGAAUGCCUGUCUUGCAUUUUGUCUUUCAGAAUUAUGGAAAAUUAUUUGCUGGCAGAGUUUUUGUUUUGAAGAUAUAUACAAUGUGAAACUCAUCAUAAAAUUGGGGUUACAACAAAAUGAUCUGGUGACUGUUGAAGUGAAAGCACUACAGUUGGAUUUUCAUGAUUAUACCAUUCAUUCGUGGCUACAUAUCAUUGUAAUGUUAGUUCUUCUGGGUCAGAAAAUAAUAGUUCCUAACAUGAGAGUGUUUUUUCAAAUAAGUCAGAUGCUAAGAGUAUGUUUGAGGGAUUAGAUUGUUAAAGGUCAUUCAUGAAGUCAUGAACCAGUAUGGAACAUGCUGAAAUUCUAGCUCAGAAUGUGGAAGUAAUUAUUGUAGGAGAUGUUUGUUGUCAAAUAUGGGCUUGGAAUUCCUCUGAAUGGCUUAGCUAUAUGAAAACCAUUCUGGUGCUUUUUCAUUGUAACACCGAAAUCAUGAUGGAAAGGGAUACAGGCCGUCCACGUGGAUUUGGUUUUAUCACAUUUGCAGACCGUAGGGGAAUGGAGGAUGCUAUCAAGGAAAUGCAUGGACGGGAAAUUGGUGAUCGUAUCAUCUCAGUCAACAAGGCACAGCCCAAGAUGGGGGGUGAUGAUGUAGACCAAGGUUACAGAGGUGGCUACUCAUCAGGUGGUAGGGGAAGCUAUGGUGCUGGAGAUAGGGUAGGACAGGAUGACUGCUUCAAAUGUGGGCGUCCAGGGCACUGGGCCCGAGAUUGUCCUUUGGCAGGAGGUGGUCGUGGUCGGGGUGGUAGCUCAUUUCCUUCACGUCCUAGGUUUGGAGCUGCUGGUGGAAAUGGGGAUCGUCUAGGUGGUGAACGUGAUCGAUACGUUGAUGAUCGGUAUGAGGGAGGACGUUAUGGAGAUAGGGAUCGUUUUGACAACCGUGACUACAAAUAUGGCAGCCGUGAUCGCUAUGCUAGUGACAGGUAUCCAACCAGUGGAGAUCGAUUCGCAAGUGAUCGAUAUGGCGGUGGCUCAGAUUACCCGCAAAAUGGUUAUGGCAAGGAAAGAGGGUAUGACCGGUAUGGUGGUCCACGAGGAGGUGCUGAUAGGUAUGGAAGUGGAAUGGGAGGUCGUGAUGAAGGAAGGAGUUAUAGGGGUAGACCUGGUCCAUAUGAUCGCCCAAGUAGGGGUUCUCGUCCGUCACUUGAUCGCUACUGAAUUCUAACGUUGAUGUUUUUAACGGGAAAUCCAAAUGCAGAAGCCACAUUCGAGACCUAGUUCUUGUUCUUGCUCUUGUUACGUUGGACAUCCAGUUUGGGACAACUGUUGCUGCUAGAUUGUAGUUUCAUAGAUUAUGGAUUUCGUAGUUUGUUUCCCUAUUUAUAGAUCGUGCCAAUCCCUGUUGAUUUUCCCCCUCCUUUGCCUGACGCUUUGACUAACUUCCCUAAUGCAAGUAAGCAUGAUUUACCGCUGCAUUCCAAAA